UCGUUGUCUCCUCCUCCCCCCCCUUCUCUGGUAACCCCUCUGGCACCUCUCCCUGCCCCCCCGGGUUCACCUCUGCCACCUUUCACCUCGGAGGGCACUCACCGCCACUCGCGUGUCCCUCGUCGCCUGCCUGCCUGACCCCUCGCAGGACAGUCGUCCCCCUCCUUGCCACUUCUUGACAACGACCCCCUUCCCCCUGCAUUUGCCGCCGCGCCCAAACGCCACCCGUUGUCCCUGAUCCCGGGUCUCCCUUUUUGGCUUCAGCCGCUGCCAUGCUUCAUCUAGCCUCCAGGCGCUUCGCCUCCGGGCCGCCGCCCGGCGGCCUGAGCGCGGCCCACAUCGCGGCGCGCCUCUUCUCCACGCAGAUGUCGCCGGAUGCGCGCGCCUAUCAGCGUCUGGAUCACAAGACCGGCGAUGCGGCACACGAUGCCGAGGCCCUGCAAGCCCUGAUCGAUGACAAGUUCAACGAGAAGUACUUCGACCUGAAUGACCCGGAGGCCCGGGACUCCAUUCGCUUCCUGGCCGACGGUGCCAAGUCCCCGAUGAGCCACUUCUGGAACCAGGACCUGAGCCGCGACGCCAGCCGGCGGAACAUGUACCGGUAUCUUGCCGGCAAGUUCAGUGGCCAGAUGUACGAUGGAACCAUCUCCCGGGAUGACAUGGUGGAUGACAUGGAUCUGCGCUUCUCCAUGCAGCAUUCCGAGUCCAGCUUCGCCGACCUGGACACCCUGGACGCCGUGGAUGAGAAUGGCUUCGAUCUGGGCCCGGUCGGUGUGCGGGACCACAUGUUCCAGCGGUCGUCGGCCAUCCGUGGCGCGGCCGGUCGCCUGCAAAUCCGUGACAAUGAGUAUGAUGUCAAGGUCAUCGACCGCCUGGCGACCGAGCUCUUCCAGGCGCAGCUGGACAAGCGCAAGGCCACCCUCCAGGAUCUGGAGCUGCUGGCCCGGGUGAACCACCGCCUGGCCCAGCUGAACGGCCCGCGGCUCACUCUCACCGACCUGGCGCAGCUGCGCGCCGGGCGGGAGCUCCGCGACCCGGUCAGUGGCUGGCGCUCGUUGGCCCCGGUCGGCGACGCGUAUGCCGCCCAGCGCCUGCCCCUCAUGUCUCGCGAGGAGUUCGCCGCCGAGCUGCCCACCAUCCUGACCGAGGCCGUGGAUGCCUCCAACAAGGAGACCUUCGAGGCCAUCAUGUCCAAUCGCGAGAAGUAUGAGGACCGCUUCUAUGCCCUGUAUCGGUCCUUCCAUGAGGAUCUGCCCCAGGGUACGGGCAUUUCGCUGGCCGGCCGGGCCAUCGAGAUCCCGGACUUCGACUCGCCCGUGCACGCGCGCGACUGGGUGGCCAAGAACCUGGAGUACCUGCUCUUCACUCGGCCCAUCAUCGAGAACAUGGCCUUCGAUGCGCAUACCUUCCUCCCCCGGAGCCAGGAGCCGAUCCUCGGCUCGCGCGAGAACAACUACACCACCUUCUCCCCGCGCAUGCACACCCAGGACCCGCAGUACUUCCUCAACAACUCGGAUCUCUACUUCGGCGCCAUCACCGAGAAUGAGAUGGCCGCGCCGCAUGACCUGACCUACUUCGUUCACCGUGACACUCACGAGCUGCCGCGUGCCCCGCUUGACAUCGACGAGGGCCUGCUGAACGAGCAUGAGGACGAGGACCACGAGCUGGAUAUGCGCAACACCAUGCGCGACCGCCUCGGCCGGCCGGACACCAUCACCGGCUAUGUGCAGAAGCAGAUGUACCACCUCAAUCGCCUGUACCCGGACAUCUACACCCCGAACAACCUGGCCCUGCUCUUCAACCUCCGUGUGCGCGAGGCCCGCAAUGUCCUGGUCAUCCAGCAGCGCGGUGCCGAGCUGAACAAGGCUGGCUACCCCAACCACUUCCAGAUUGAGUCUCUCAUCGAGGGCGAGCAGAACCGCGCCUACGGCCGUCACCAUGACCACGAGAUGACCGGUCUGGUGGACAACCUGUCGUCGCCGAUCGGCAUGGAGCCCGGUGCGGUCAACUACCAGUACAUCCCCAACAUGCCGGAGGCGCCGGACGCCGUGCUGGACCCCUCCUCGCGGCGGUUCUUCACCACCAUGGAGAGCCAGGCCAGCCACACGGCCGGUCUGAACCGCCGCCGGGCCAUGAUCGAGCCCUUCACUCGCGGCAUGUCCGACACCCAGAUCCAGGCCUACGUGGAGGACCCCUUCAACAAGGUCCUCGAUGAGCGGUCCCUGGCCCUCGAGGAUCCGGGCGUGGUGGUCAACAAUGCCGUCAUGGGCAGCGUCUUCCCGCUGAACUACGGCAACAAGCUGGACGCCGUGGAGGAGGCCCUCUUCACCGAUCCCGACAGCCCGACCAAGGGGCUGAACUACCAGGAUCUGGAUGAGCAUGAGCGCCUGCUGGCCAAGCUGGUCAUGCUGCGCGUGUACCACGUGCGCCACAUGCGCGAGGUGGCUCCCUUCAUGAAGGAGUAUGAGACCCAGCUGGAGGCGCAGUUUGGCGCCUACUGGACCCAGGCCGUGGAGAUGGGCACCGAGGUGGGGGACAUCGUGCCGAGCAUCAUCGCCUCGCGCGUGGCCAGCGGCACCAAGCUCAAGGACCGGUCGGCUCUGGUGGACCGGUUCCUGAACCCCUCGGACAGUGACCUGCGCGCGCAGUAUGACCAGUUCAUGGACAACCGCGCCGGGGCCGGGAUCCCGGCCGGCGCUGCUGGGCUGUAUGCGCCGAGCUUCGACGAGUAUGCGGCCCGGGUGCGCCGUGUUCGUGCGGCCUAUGCCCACACCCUGCCGCAUGAUGGGGAUCUCGAUGGGCUGGCCGCGUCGACCACCAAGAUCUUCGACAUCGCCCAGCUGGAUGGGCUCCCUCGUAGCGAGGCCCAGCAGCUGCUCACGGACAAUGACGAUGCCGUGUUUGCCCUGCUGGAUCGCAUGCUCUUCAACACCAACAACAUGACCGGGCGCAUGCGUGACAUGGUGCGCGAUUUGCAGCUGUACCAGGAGCUCCGGUACAAGCAUUCGCACGAUCUGAGCCAGUCGCUGCUGCCCAGCCGCCAGGAGACCUACCUGGCCUCCUUCGCCGCGCGCAUGAAGGAGUUCCGCAAGCAGUACAGCGCGCUGCGCAUUGACGGCCGGCCGGCCGAGAGCUUCACCUCCAUCGGCCUCGGUGUGCUGGACCCGGCCAACACUUGGCUCGGGGACUUCUCCCUCAACCACCGGCACCGGUCGCUGACGUCCACGCUGGCCAGCUUCGCCGAGGCCAGCCGCGGCCAUGGGUCCGACAAGGUGGUCUUCUGGCCGGAGGAGACCGAGCAUGCCAACCUCCGCGAGCGUGGUCGUCUUGGCCGUCGUGGGGCCGUGUCGCCGCGCGUGCGCGAGACCGAUGACAGCGACAGCGAGGAUGACUCCUUCGACGAGGUGCACCAGUCGACCACCACUCCCCAGGCUCAUGCCAAGCUGCUGAAGCGCACGAUCGAUUACGAUGCGCGCAACAACAUCGAGGAGUUGCAUCCGCUGGUUCGCGACAUGCUGGGCUCCAUCUUCGGGGAGGGCCGCGCGCCGCAGCUGUACAGCCAGCUGAAGGACCCGAAUGUCAAGCAGAUGGCCGACUUCCUGAGUGUCAUGCUGCAGGAGGUGGACUUCCAUGGGAACCCGAUGCCGGGCGCGGUGCAGAACCCGAUGGCCAUCCUGGCGGCGCACAAGUUCCUGGGGCUGGUGCGCGAUGCCGCCCAGCGCGAGCUCAAUGCCAACAUCAACUUCGACUUCGACCCGACCCAGGUCAUUGGCAAUGCCGUCUACAAGAACUACAAUGCCAGCGGGAGCUUCGACUUCUUCAACUACUAUCGGGACAUGCCGAUCUUCGAUGUGCCGCUGCCGCUGCCGUCGCAGUUCCCGGCCCUGGCCGCUCGCCAGCAGAUCUUCCUGUCGGCCGUGUAUGAUGGUCGCCAGGAUCAGCUUCUGCGCGCGCAUGCCAUGGGUGUCGAGGCCAUCGACGAGCUGGAGACCCGCAUGCGUGCCCGCUAUCCGGAGCACUUCCCCGACGAUCUGGACACCAGCCGGUACUACCGGUCUCGGGGGGACAUCCGCCCGGAGAUCCGGCCGCUGUUUGCCACCUUCGACAAUCCGUCGGUCGAUCGCCAUGCGCUGAUGGCCGUGCCCAAUGAGGAGGCCAUGCGCAUUGCGGCGGCCGGCUUCAACUAUGCCUACAACACGGAUGCCGUUUUCGAUGAGAUCUACGGCUCGGAGCUUUGGUCGACGCACUUCAGCGCGGACUUGCCCUUCAGCCUGCCGGAGCACCGGAUCAACCUGCCCUACCGGUUGUCGCUGCUGCGGGAGCUCAAUGACCGGGUGUUCUAUGCCAACCGGUUUAAGUUGAUCUUCGACAUGAUGAACGGCACGGCGGUGCCCUUCAUCCCCAACACCAUGAGCAUCCUGCUGCCGGAUACCGACCGGCACAUGCAGAUUCUGGCCAACUCCCUGGCCGGCCUGGGGCAUCUGGAUGCCGGGCGUAACAUCAGCCCCGGCAGUGAUCCGGCCACCUUCGGCCUGUAUGUCGACCCGUCGGAGGAGCGCUCCCUCGAGGACGAGGAGGAAUCCGACGAGGAUGAGGAUGACCCGCUGAACCCCAGCUAUGUGAUGGACUUCGGGUCGGCCGGGUUCGGUGGGGUUGUCCACCCGCACCAGCUGCCGGAUGACGCCACCCGCGCGGACUUCGUCUUCAUGCAUGCGCUGGCCGACUACAUGUCCCCGGGCAAGCAGAUGUACAGCACGGCCGACACUCGGGACAGCUUCUUCCCGCCGACCGAGCGGCUGGACGUUGCUCAGUACUAUGUCAACGACGAUUCGGAUUCCGAUGAGGAUUCCGACGGCUCGGAUGGCUUUGAUUCGGACCAGGGCGAUGGCGGCCAGGGCGGCUCGUCCAGGCCUCGUCGCCGGGCUCCGCGCAACGACUUCGACUUCCCGCGCAUGCCGCUGGGCAGCCGUGCCGCUCGGUUCCCCAAGUCCUCCCAGUACUUCUUCGAUGGGAAGAUCCGCCAGAUGAAGAUUGCCCGUGACAACCUCCAUGCGGAGAUGAUGCACGCCAUCGAGGGCCCGCUGGUGCCGUACCAUGAUGCCCCGUCAUUGACCCCGGUGCAGGCGGCCCUGGUGCUGGUGCUGCGCAUGAUGGAUGACAUGAUCCUGUCCCGGGCGCAGACGCGCCUGCCCCUGCCGGACUUCAAGCGCACCAACCCGGAUGGCACGCCGAAUGACGCCCUGCCGCCGGCGGUCUUUGUCACCUUCAACAUCGAUGCCGACAUCGACGAUGUGGAGGACCUGACGCGCGAGCUGCCGGUCCCCAUGACGAACCCCUUGUUCCAUGGGUUCGAGAACUUCAACUCCGUGGACGAGGUGCAGACCUUCAUCCGGCAGUUCACCCAGCACCCGAACAUCAAGUUCCGGGAGGAUGGCAUCCAGCCGCACAUUUCGAUCGACCCCCUGCUGGAGGCCAUCAAGGCCAGCGGCAAGAAGGAGGAGCAGAUCAGCCCCCGCGAGCAGACCCUCAUCCAGUAUUCGAUCGAUGAGCUGAACAAGAUCAUCGAUCACAACAAUUACAUGUAUGAGCGCCUGCUCCUGCCGGCGGCCGAGGACACCCUGGACCUGUUCACUGCCCUGGAUGAGAUGAUCCAGACCCGGCAGCCGGGCUCCGUGGGCGAGCUCAUGACCAUGAUCGCCGAGGAUGAGACCCUGGCGCCGAUGGUGUGCACCGAUGAGGAUGACCCGAUUGCCUUCUACAACAAGCAUGAGGGCUCCAAUGCCCACACCUUCAAUGUCAGCGAGCUGGCGUACAACCUGACGGUCAUGCGCACGGCCGCCGUGCUGGAUGAUGUCAUUGUGCCGUCCUACCUGCAGGAGGCCUUCCAGCAUACCAAGAACCAGCUGGAGCGCGUGUCCCGGGUGCCCACCUUCCGGACUCUGGAUGAUGAGGUGCCGAUCCGGACGAACCUGCAUGCCCUGCGCGCGCACGAUCUCUACCAUGUUUCCUUCAUGUCGCCCGGCCAGCUGGAUGGCGAGGUGGACCAGUUCCAGGCCUUCGCGGAUUUGGCCGCCUCGGCCAUGGCCCAUUCGGAGAUGGACCGCGAGCACAACCUCUUCCGGCUGAACACCUACAUGCGUGGCAUUCAGUCGAGCAUGACCCUGCCGCUGCCGCAUGUGGAUUCCUCCUUCAAUGCGUACAAGGAUGUGGAGAACUUCCGCGAGCUGAUGGACCUCGACCGGAUUCCGGAGAUCCGCGGUGAGAUGCUGGACAUUGUCCGGGCCGAGCGCGACCUCGUCACCCCGGAGAACAUGGAGCAGAUCGAGUACCUGCUGCACAAGAACCACCGGCGCCCGCGCGACGACCCGAAUGCCCGGGACCCGGCUCUGGUUGUGCGCAAGGACCCGGCCCCGGUGGACAACCGCCAUGUUCUGCAGUUCUGCGACACCUCCGAGUCCCGGAACUACACUCACACCUACCGCGAGCGCGAUGGCACUCUGCGCCGUGCCACCCACAGCGAGAAUGCCCUCCUCAACCACCCGCGCGACCGGGACCUGGCCCGGAUGGAUAACAUCGGUGAUGCCGUCCGCCAGGGUCACUUCAUCCCCAAGAAGUGAUUUGGCGUGUGCCGGCUUUUUCUCCUUCUUUCCCCCCCCCCCCCCCCCCCC